GAUAUCUAGGAUUUCUGUUGUCGCUCGAAAACGAGAUGAAAGUAUUUUGGUGUCUUAAAAUUAAGAGAUUCCUGGUCAAAUCAGCACCGAAAAUCUUAUCCAAUCUUCGAAUGGGGUGAGCUGGUUGUUUCUGGAAAGCAGCUGACCUGGAAGCAGUUACAGAGGGCCCGCUGGAGAAAAAAUAUCAAGAGAGGCAAUCGGGGAAAGUCGGGGAGAAAAUGUGGCGGAAAACGGAAGAGCAUUGAAUAUGCAAUACAAGAGAAAAAGGGGAGGUGGAGAUUUGGGAACAAGGAGCAGAAAUUCAUGAAAGGGAGAUGACUCAGAAGAUCGGAAACAACUAAGCUGAAAAAUAGAGGAGAAAUCCUGGGAAGAGCUCGGAAUCGGUAUGAGGAAGAGAUCAGUUUGCUUUUGAAGCUGCCUUUGAGCUGUCGCUGGUGGAGAUAGUUUCUACUUCUGGAGAAGGAAGUCUGUUUCGAGUAUUCCUUGCAGUUGAAUGGUGAAAUAGUUGGGUAGAGGAAGGGUGUUACUGAUAUGCAAGAAAGGAAGGCAGAAAUGUCUAUGUACUUCUAUUGCCUUAAUAGGUUAGGAAAAGUUAACAUAAAUUAUUUGAAAAUGAACUUGCAGUUGAGAAUUGAGAUUGAGCUGUUAACAACUUAACAAUUCUUGAGAAAGUAGUCAAUAACUGUAAUCUAAACAAAUCAGUCACAUCCUUAUCUAUGUAUUUCUUGAUCUUCUGUUCUUGAUCUUAUUUGCAUGCAAUGAUACCCAAGAUCUCAUUUCCAAUCUCUUUAAAUCUGCAGUUUCCACUUGCUUGGUUUAUUGCCUUCUUUAUCACACACAGGAUUGCAGCUGAGUUCAUCAAGUGACUUUAUCAUUAUCAUCUGUUUGGUAAGGAUCUAGAUUCAUGCCAUGCUUAGAUUAUGCUUGCCAAACAUUUGGAUCAGCAUGGUUAUCCAAAAGAAUAGAAGUGAGGGGUUGUCUGGGAUGAAUUUUCAAUUCCCAUUUAUUCUAUUACCUUUUGCUAUGAUAAUAACUAUAGUUCCAAGUGUUGUGGGAUGACCCUCACUUUUAUCCCUACUUGGAGCCAUGCUCAACCAAACGUGGGUUAUUUGCAAUCUAAUCAUGGCAUGAGCCUUGUUCUUUACUAAAGUAUUGGUAUUUCCAAGCCAGAGAAAGAUUUAAUGAAGUUCCUAUAUAAGGGAAAAGGUGAUCUAAAUUCUUAAUAAGGUCCAUUUAACAUUCAUAAAUUACAUUUUAUAUUCAAAAUGUCUUUUGCGUUGCCUUCCAGAGCAGGUAUGUUAACUAAUCUGAUAUAGACCCAUCUAUUGCAGGGAGUAUGCAAAGCUGAAGCCUGCUAAACUAGAAGAGUUAAGUGUAGUCAAGUUUGGAAGAGUGAGGUGUAGUGAAGUUAUGAUGGGAGUAUGGGGAAUUGUUGUUUUUCACUUUAUUGUCAUGCCAUGAUCAAAUAUAUAUUGUCCUUAUUUUGUUGUUUUCCUCUUGAGCUGACAGCAGUUGACCUUUACAGACUUUGUCAACUCACCUUUACAUGCCAGCUUUCAUUUCUGAAACAUUUGCUUUGUCUUUGUCCUUGUAAUUACAGCCAAGGACAUUCUGGUGUUCUUGCAAAUUGGUUCAUCUAGUUCCCACACUACAGGAAUAGAAGUCUGUUCUUCGCAGGAAAAAGUUAUGCUGGUCAUUAUGUAGUCCAGUUAGUUGAACUUACGCUUGAGCUCAACAAAGAGAACAGGAGAAGUUUAAUUGGGAAGGAAGAUGUGAGUAUUGACAUAAACAAUUUUUAAGUUUUUAGGUUCCGCUUAAUAUGGUAGUGAUUGAGUUUCUUAGUUUUGGUUUUCAAAAAUUUAGAAAUUGUAGAAUACAAUCAAGAAGUUCUAUAAAUGAGUUAAGUUUUA